UCAGAGGCUUGCGAAAAGGGUUGCCUUCCAUCCCAAGGGGCCUCCUGGAUGCAUGGAGCAUGCCCUGCUUCUCUUGCCAGCAGCUGCUUCUCUUGCCCUUUGGCCUCAGCCAGGUUAAUGCGGCACCCGGCGGGCGUCUGGCCAGCAGCUCUUGGCAUUCCUUCUGUCUGGGCAACGUUUGCCCUUUGAUCGGGAGGAAUGCAGCUCCACGGCAGGAUGUGAGAAGAGCCUUGUCCCAGAUGGGCCUGAGGGGCCUCUGGGGCUGGAAAGGGCUGGGCUGCUGCCUCCUCGGCACCCUCCUCCUCUCCUUCUCCUUCUCCUUCUCACCGGGCUUGCGGCUGUUGCUUCUGAUGGAGGAUGCCCAGGGGACUUGGUGGAACCCCACUCGCCACCACGAGGGCACCGCAGCACCGGCCCUUCCAGGAGUGGACUUUGGGUCCCUCUUCUCAGGAAGUGCCCUCGAGCCACACUGUGAGCCAGGGCAAACGCUGCUGAUCCUUGUGGCUUCGGCCCCUGGGAAUGUGGGGCCCCGGAAGGUGAUCCGGAACACCUGGGCAAAGAGGCCUCUCUCACCGCUGCACCCCUGGCAGGCCGUGUUCCUGGUUGGCCAAAGUUUGGAUGAGAAGGCUGCCCGGCAGGUCCGGUGGGAGCAGCAGGAGUUUGGGGAUGUCCUGCUGGGGGGCUACCUGGACGCCUACCGCAACCUGACUCUGAAGGUGCUGCACGGCCUGAAGUGGGCCACAGAGCGGUGUCGACCCCGCUUCAUCCUCAAGACAGAUGACGACUGCUUCGUCAACACCAACCGGCUGCCGGCAUUCCUGGCCCAGUAUUGGCAUGGUGGGCUCCUGCUCUACGCCGGCUCUGUUUUUCCACGGGAGAAGCGCCGUGUCAUCCGGCACCCGGCCAGCAAGUGGUACGUCUCCAGGGAGGACUACCCCUUGGAGGAAUACCCACCCUACGCCAGCGGCAUCGGCUACCUCCUCUCACUUGGGGCGGCCAGGCGGAUCCUGCAGGUGGCAGAACGGGUGCCCCCCAUCCCGGUGGAGGACGCCUUUGUGGGCAUCCUGGCCCAGAAGGCAGGGCUGCGGCCCACAACCAGUGCCCGCUUCGCCAAGCAGAAUGCCCGCUGGCACCUCUGCAACUACCGCUACCUGAUGGUCAUCCACCACCUCAAUGCCUCAGAGCUGCAGAGCGCUGCGUGGAGCAUGAGGGAGGCCCAGGCCGCCUGCAGUGGGAGGUCCCAGGUCACCGGGUGGAAGUAAGCGGCCAGGGGGAACCAUUCAGGUUGGAAUACUAGAAAGGAGGCCACAUGAGGAGGAGGAGGAGGAGGAGAAGGCGUCCAGCUUGUUCUCUUCGGCUCCAGGAGCACAACGGAGCCAUGGGUCAUCUUCCAGCUGCCUCUUGGUCCAGAGAGGGACCCUGUGGGACUCCCCGCCAAAGGAGGCAAGCCCUUUCCUCUCCAAUUGUUCUAGAGCUGGAAUUUAGGGGUCUUUGCCAGGAGGCAGAGACCAUUCAGACUCCUUAAAGAGUUUGUUACCCUGGCGAGACAGAGAGAAGCACCCAAUCCUUGAUUUUUCCCAAUAAAAGGUCUCACCAAGUGGAAGGAAGUGCCACCGAGAUGUUUAUUAGCGAUUCAGCUGAAAAGUAUGCAAUGCAGCAAUCAUUUGCCAAGCAGAGCAUGUGGUUACAGAAAUAAAUGCUAGUUUUUAUAGAAAUACAGAGUUGUACGGUUCAAAUCUCCCGCGCCCGUCCCCCGGCCUGUCUUCGUCGUGAUUGGCUGACGUGCCAACAGCUGGGAGGGGCUCGUCCACCCCCGGCGCAUCUGGACCAAUCAGGGAGCCGCUGCAGUGCGUCAGGGCCAAUGAAAAGGCUUCUACCGCUCUGGCGUCUCGACGAAUCAGGAGGGAGGGAGGCUGGACGAGGGUUAAAAAACAAUGGAUACUUGAAUGGAUUAUGAAGUAAGGAAAUGCCAGCGGCUUAAUGAGUCCCAGGAAGGGCGUUCUAAUCAGUUCUGUUGAUUCAUGAAUGGUGAUAAUUGAAUACAAACAGGAAAAUCCAGGCUUUCUGUGGCGGCAAAACAAAAGGGGCGAUGCUGGGCGAAGUUUUUGAAGAAUGAUUGAAUGGGGCAACAGGGCGGAAAUGGGGAUGCUUUUUGAAGGCGCCCCCCCCCCCCAUCUCCAAUUAGAAAAGUAAGGAAAAGUCUGCCAAGGGGCGACCUCCCUGCUGGGCGAAACUCCGAGGGCAAGGAUGUCGCCUUUGUUUCUGUCCAUGCAAAAGAUGUGUUGAUAAAAGUCCUUUGGGAUUGAUUUAGGCUCGGCAC